AUGGAAGUCGACCGUUUGGUCUCGGUAGAAGUCAGUCAUCCGGCCCCUGUUGUCACCAUCAAUCCUGUCUCGAUAGAAGUCUGCCGUUCGGUCACCAUCGUCACCAUUGUUCCAAUCUUAGUGGAAGUCGUCCGUCUGGUCCUCGUCAUCGCUGUAGGUGUGAUCUCGGUGGAAUCCAACACAGCAAGCCAAUCAAAUCAUGGGGUUGAUAGCAGAAAUAUUAGUAUUGAUGCUACAGACUUGAACCAGACAACGAUGCUGACGACGACGAUAGUGGAGCCAUGCCUGGUAGAUCAAACUAGGGUUUGCAACUACCUUAAGCUUCUUUGCAGUUUAUCAAAAGCCAACAAGUUGUGUGAUGAAGAUGAUGGUGUUUCAAGUUCUUGUUGCGUCUGCUCAAUAUGCUUGAUGGAUUUCAAAGAAUCUGAUCUCUUGCGAGUUCUACCACAAUGUGGUCAUUUCUUCCAUGUCAAUGACAUAAGCUUAUUCUCAUGGAUCGUUGGUCGAAUUCUUUCUGAUGCACAGAUAUCUUAG